AUGGCGGCUAAGUACGGCCUAAUGCUACAUCAGAUGGACGUCAAGACAGCGUUUCUUAACGGCUCCCUCAACGAAGACAUCUACAUGGACCAGCCGGACGGAUACCUGGAUGCAACACAGCCGGACUAUGUGUGCAAGCUAAAGAGAUCACUCUACGGCUUGAAGCAAUCGCCUCGCAUGUGGAACCAAACAAUCGAUGGGUUCAUGAUCAAGAUGGGAUUCAAGAAGUGCGAAUCGGACCACUGCAUCUACAUCAAGCGAGACGACCAAGACAUGAUUCUCGUGGUGCUCUACGUCGAUGAUCUCAUCCUGGCCAGCAGCAACAACGAACUCCUCAAGUCAACCAAGAUGGCGCUGAGCAAACGCUUCGAAAUGACGGAUCUCGGUGAGCUCGAUUACUUUCUCGGCAUGGAGAUCAAGAACGACCGUAAGACGGGAAUGGUGACUGUACAACAAACCAAGUUUCUCAAGUCCGUGUUAACCAAGUUCGGAAUGGAUAACAGCAAGCCAGUGAAGACGCCUCAAGAUCCCGGCCUGAAGCUAACCAAGAACAUGUGUGAACAAGAAUGCAAGCACGAAGACACCAUGUGCAACGUGCCAUAUCGAAGUGCUGUCGGAGGCAUCAUGUAUCUCAUGGUCGCCACACGUCCGGAUCUAGCUGCUGCAGUGGGAUCAUUAUCCCAGUUCUCGUCCGACCCAUGCCCGACUCACUGGCAAGCUUUGAAGCGUGUGCUGAGAUACCUGCAAGCAACGCCCAAUCAUGGUCUUGAGUUUACACGUGAAGAAGGAAGCCGUAUCUGCGGGUACACCGACGCAGACUGGGCCGGCGACAUUGAGUCAAGACGAAGUACAAGCGGCUAUGUGUUCAUGAUGAGCGGAGGAUGCAUCAGCUGGAAAAGCCAGAAACAACGGACGGUCGCGCUAUCUUCAACAGAAGCAGAAUACAUGGCGCUUUCCGAAGCAACCAAAGAAGCAGUAUGGCUCAAAGUGCUUUUGGGGAACUUGGUGAGAUGA